GGCCUUCAAUCAGGAAAGCAAAAGUUUCCUGGUUUUGGUUUGACCCAUAAUUGGGUAAAGCGAAGUAUCUUUUUUGAGCUUCCUUAUUGGAAGACCAAUCUGCUUCGCCAUAACCUUGACGUCAUGCACAUCGAAAAGAACAUGUUUGAGAAUAUUUUCAACACCGUCAUGGAUGUGAAGGGGAAGACAAAGGACAACCUCAAGGCUAGAUUGGAUAUAGCUUUAUACUGUAACCAAAAAAAUAUGGAGUUGGUUUAUGAUGAGUCACGGGUUGCAAAACCAAGAGCAAGCUUCGUGUUGGAGAAAAACGCACAACUGCUAGUCUACAAAUGGCUUAAGAGUCUGCGUUUUCCGGAUGGACAUGCAUCGAACAUAUCAAGGCUGGUUAAUAUAGAGGACUGCAGAUUGUAUGGAAUGAAGAGUCAUGACUGCCACGUGUUUAUGCAAACACUCAUCCCAUUAGCUUUUCGUGAUUUGUUGCCAAAGGGAAUAUGGGAUGCACUCACGGAGAUCAGUCAUUUCUUUAGAGAUAUAUGCUCCAGCAAGUUGAAUGUUGAUCACAUUGAGAGGCUUCAAACGAAUAUCGUCGAGACACUAUGCAAACUUGAGAUGAUAUUCCCUCCAUCAUUUUUUGACUCAAUGGAGCAUCUCCCUAUACAUCUACCGUUCGAGGCAAAAGCUGGAGGACCGGUCCAAUAUAGAUGGAUGUACCCAUUCGAACGGUACUUGUUUAAUCUUAAGAAAAAGGUUAAGAACAAGGCGCAUGUUGAGGCUUCGAUAUGUGAGGCCUAUAUUGUUGAGGAGAUCUCAACAUUUAUCUCGUACUAUUUCGAACCUCAUCUAAGAACGAGAAUCAAUCGCGUUCCACGGCAUGAUGAUGGCGGUGAAGUGCCUUCCAGUGGGAACUUGUCAAUAUUCUCCAAUACUGGACGACCCACACCUAAAAAUGCCGUAAGAGGAAGAUAUUUGUCGGAAAUAGAGUUCAAACAAGCACACAACUAUGUUCUAUUUAACUGUGAUGAGCUGAGACCUUUUAUUCAGCAACAUCGUCAAUUUUUGCUCUCCAAUAACUCACAGCUGACUGAAUCCCAGAUCUUUCAAUUACAAGAUGAGAAGUUUGCCACGUGGUUCAGAACACAUGUUUAUCAAAUGGGAAGGAGUGCACCUAAGUCAUUGUCUUUACUAAGCCUGGGGCCUGAAAGAAAAUGUAAGUGCUACAACGGGUAUUUUGUCAAUGGAUAUGUUUUCCAUACUGAAGAAUACGGGCAAGGAAGAAAGACAUACAACAGCGGUGUUUGUGUUAAGGGAUCCACUAGUAGUGAGUUAGAAGUUGACUACUAUGGUAGAUUAGAAGAGGUCGUCGAACUGCAAUAUCAUAACGAGCAGAAUAUAGUGUUUUUAUUCAAAUGCUAUUGGUAUGACACGACUGACAGAGGAAUCAGAGUUGAUCUGCACUAUGGUCUGGUCGAAAUCAACUCAAAAGCUAGACUCCGCAACAUAAACGAUGUCUUUGUUUUCGCAAAGCAAUGUCAACAAGUUUAUUACACAUACACCCCUUCAUUUAGAAAGGAUCGAUCAAGAGUGGAUUGGUUGUCCGUUUUAAAAACGAAACCCCGGGGUCGUGUCGAGGUUGUUCAGGAUGAGAACGAAGACACAAGUGUGCGAGAUGAAGUCUUUCAAGUUAGUGAGGUGGUUGAACCAUAUCGAGUUGCUCCUUCGAUUGAAUUGGAAGAAAAUUCAAAUUUUCGUGUUUUCGAUGAUAGUCUUGUUGAUGUUGACGCAGAUGAGUUAAAUUUUGUUUUGAGCUCUAGCGGACAACCAAAUAUCGAUGAAGAAGAUGAUAUUCAUAUUGAAGAUUGCGAUGAAGGUGAUGACAAUUCAAUUGAUGACGAAGAAGAAGAAAAUUCUGACUAACUACCAAAAUGAAGCCCUAUGUAAAACCCUUUUUUACAUGUAAUUUAGAUUAUGAAUGAUAUAUAUAUUUUGAAACACAAAAUAUUUAUCACUUGAAAUAAUUAGUUGAAAUACCACAAUUAUGAUGGAUAAUAUAUUUUGUGACAUGAAAUAA